AUGUCCGCCGUCACCAAGUCUGACCCGAAGACUUACAUCUUCAACCACACCAUGUUCCGCGUCAAGGACCCCAAGGCGUCCAUCGCGUUUUACGAGAACGUUCUCGGCAUGGAGUGCUUCCGUCGCGCCGACGGCCCCGACUUCACCAACUACUUCCUGGGCUACCCCUCGGGCUUUGGCGCCAACGCCAAUGCCUCCCUGGAGGAGAAGGCCGAACUCAUGACCACCCGCGAGGCUGUCCUCGAGCUCUGCCACAACCACGGCACUGAGAACGACCCCGACUUCAAGUACCACUCGGGUAACGAGGAGCCCGGCCGUGGCUUUGGCCACAUCUGCAUCGCCGUCGACGACCUCGAGGCUGCGUGCAGGCGCUUCGACGAGCUCGGCGUCAAGUUCAAGAAGCGCCCCGAGGAGGGCCGCAUGCGCCACAUCGCUUUUAUCUAUGAUCCAGACCAUUAUUUCGUGGAGAUCCUUGCUAAGCGUGGCCUCACGAAUGCUGCUUAA